AUGAACAAUCAACCUGUGUAUAUGUCUGUUGAGCAAAUAAAUGCAUUAUUUUAAAGAGAUUCUACAUUUGAGAUAAGAGAUGAUCGUAUUAAUUCGUUCUAAAAUGAUUUAAAAAAAAAUGAAGUAAUAUAUUAAGUAAGUUAAAGACUUGGAAGUCUGAAAGUGCUGAAUGUGAAGAAAAUAGACCAACAAAUCAAAGUGAAAGUAUGAUGAUGAGUAAGAAUAAUUUUUGUUUAAGUUUUUAAGUUACUAGAGAAGAGUAUUAGGGUCUUUAAUAAGAAUAUGAGAGACGUAAAGAUAUGGAAGAGAAAUAUAAGGAAGACAUAAACAGAUUAAUAAGAGAACUCAAAUAGAAGAGUGGAGAAUUGGAGAGUGUAAAGAGAGAUCAGGAUAUACUAUAUGAAUAGAAUUAAAGAAGAGAAAGUAUUGAAUAAUUAUUAAAUGGUAAGACAUACUCCAGAAUUUGAGAUAACAAAUACAAGAAGCAAAUAAUAGGGAAUAAAAAGCUAUGAUAGAAUUGGCUGAUAUUUAGUAAUAACAUAUGUAGAUGAAACAACAAUUAGAAAUAGUUUAGCAGAAAUACAAUUAUUUGUAAAAACAACACAAAUUCGAAAUAGAUAGAAAAGAUAAAUAAAUUGAUUAACUUAAGAGUUAAAUUGUAUCAUUAAAUGAGGAAAAUGAAAAAUUGAAAAAUGAACCUUAGAUAGGGAAUCUUUAUCUCGAUUCUUAGAGGGUGUCAUAGGAAAAGAUUUAAAAUUAAUGGACUUAAUUUAAUUCGAGUGCUUAUAAGAGUAGUAUUUAAUUCUAGAAGGAAAAGCCAGUGACAUAGAUUUAGUUUAAGAGUAAUUAUGAUUCAAAAGUCAUUUUCGGAAAAAAGUCUCAAAAUUCAUUAAAAUAACAACAAUCAUAAUCUGAUUUGUUGUCAAAAGGAUAAUGAGUUU